AUGACCUCCGAAACAACUCCCCUUGUGCAAAGGCCACUCAGUAGCGAUCCAGAUGACAUUUUAGAAGAAGCCGUAACUGACGCUUAUGUUGGGUUUUUAGAUGACGAUGAUGAAGAUGAUGAAGUAGACGAUGAAGUUCUUUGGUUACGUGAACAAAGAGAUCAAAACAAGUCCCUCCCUUGGAAUAAGAGACCCUCAGUUCUUUUAGUUGGUUUGGGGAUGUUUUGUACUGCUCUUGCCACUUCUUCGGCGGAACCUUCUCGUGCUUCUAUUAUGUUUAAAUUGGCUUGUAAUACUUUAAUCGAGGAGUCUAACAGUGGUAUGUGUGACCCAACUGAUACUCAAAUGCUUGUAUCUAAUCUUAGUAUGGCAGUUUCUGUCACUACCAGUAUAGUGAUGAUGAUUGCUCUGGGUAAAGUUGGUCCCUUAUCGGAUCAAUACGGCCGUAAGUUGUUCAUCGGUGCAAUUAUUGGCCUGAUGUUCCUCGGCAAAGUCAUUCAAUUGUUCGCCUUCAACAAUUCCCAAACUUUACCAUUUUAUUGGAUUAUUGUUUCUGACGUCAUUGGAAACAUCACUGGUGGUGUUUUGACGAUGGUGGCACUUGUUAAUUCAUAUAUUUCCGACGUUGUAGAGCCCAAUGAGCGUAUUUAUUCCCUUGGUUUGAGUGUGGCAACCCUUUACAUUGGGUUAUCUUUAGGUCCAAUUGUAGGUAGUUUACUUGUCACAUUACCAGGGAAAUUCAACCCUAAACCAGCUCAGCCAAAUCUUGAUAAACUUAUCAUUACUUCAUCAACCGACUCCACCACUGUAUCCAUUGCAAACGAGGCAUUAAAUACAUCUAGGAACAUCUCAAGCACUGAAUUCAUCCCAUUGAAAUUUGAAAUUGGGUUGUUGGUGGUGAUCUUCCUUUAUUGUAUUUUCCUCUUACCAGAAUCAAGAUCGGAAAAGGCUAGAAUGAAAUCUAGAACAAUGUCUCGCACAACGGCAAUUGAUUUGGCCCAAUUUAGAGAGGAAAAUAGACAAUCAUUGUUCAGUAAAUUUUUAGACCUUUUCAGUUUUUUGAAACCUUUACGCUUAUUGACUUUACCAGCAGAUGUUGUCAGUCCAACUCGUCUUUAUAGAUUGAAGAAGGACCGUCUUGCAGUUAUGUCUUUAGUUUUCGUGGACUGCAUCAAUGCCGCUAUGGGAAUGGCUCUUGGUAAUAUUUUCAUGAUGUACGGUAUUUAUAAAUUCCAAUGGAACUCUGCAGCUAUAGGUCGUUUUAUGGCUAUUGCCUGCUCAUCAAGAGCCAUAGUCUUAAUUGUUUUAUCGCCCGUGAUUUCCCAUACUCUUUUCCAUAAGACCAUGGGUUAUAGAAUCAUGAAGAAACAACUUGACUUGGUUGAUUGGAGUACUGCCUUCUUUGGCUUGUGUACUGAAGGUUUUGGUCUUGCUUUGAUGUUAGUAAUUAACUCUACCAAUGGUAUACUUCUUGUCUUGGCGAUUCACAGUUUUGGUGCUAUUUUCAAUCCAGCUGCUAAUUCUGCAGUCAUUAAAUUGUUCCCAGAAUCUAAAGUUGGAGAAUACUUCGGUGCCAUGUCUCUUUUGAAGAAUAUGUUUUCUUUGGCCGGUCCUUUGAUAUUUUUGUCAUUGUAUAAAUAUUCCAUCUCCAAGUUUGGCAAUGUUACAUUCUUGUUCACCGUUAUUAGUGGAUUGAAUUUAUUGAAUAUUUUCAUCAUGUUGAUAUUGAAGCGUGUGUUGAACCUUUCGGAAACUUCACAAGAAGUGGCUAGAUCGAAUUCUUCUUCUAGAAGACCUUCAAUGUCUGACAUGAACACCUCAACUAGUCCAUCUGAAGUCGGAAUGAUUCCACAACCUCUUGCCGGUAGUAGUAAGAUAAUGAACCAAAGUUAUGCUGGUAUCCAGAGAAGCAGUCUGUUUAUUGAACAUGUUCCAGCUGCAGUUCCUAAUACCUAG